AUGCGAAAGUGGGUCCACACCGACUCCGAGCUGCGCCGUCUUGAAGCGACGGAACGCCUCCUGGCGGUCGGUCGGGGUGUCAAAUCCCGCGAUCAGGGCGUCCUUCGCGGCGGCCCACUCCAUCUUCUCCGGGCCUCUUCGAGCCGCGUUCAACACUGCCCGUGCACGGCCCUUGAGAAGCGCUCGGAGGGCCGUCAACAGACGAUGUUGCCGGUUUAA